UCCUGGCUAAUGCGAGGCCAUGCGAUCUCUCCGGAGGAGAUUUGCCAAGGUGCCCCGUUUGAUCUUCUGGCCCAUUUUUGUGACAGCCUUUCUGUUCCUCAUUGUCUCUGUUAGCUCCUUCUUCGGCUUUGCAGAAAAAUGUCUUCACAGGCCAGUCAUUUAUUUGCAAGAUACCAAAGACAUGCCAGAAAAGGACAUCCAACAGAACAAGCUCCACACUGCGCCCGUUGAAGGGGAUUCCUUGAGCCAGCUAAAUGUGAUACUGGGCACAGACAGCAAUAGGCUGGAGCAAGAUAUGGUUAAGAGAAUGGCAGCAGACAAAGGAGAGGCCAUGGAGGAGCAAGCAGAGGAUAAGAAUGUAAAAUCAGCAUCCAAGAAGACACAAACGCAGGGUAAGAGUGCCCCACCAGCACCCCGGGGGAAGGGAGCCAAUGCAAAGACCAUACACCAAGACCAAGCAAAAACAAAACCAAAAAAGGCCUCUGUGUCAACUAAGCCCAGUGCUCUGAGACCCUCUACAAAAGGCAAAGUUCAUCCCAGCCUCCCGGUGCGGAAUGUGGCCACUCCCACAAUGCAGAAUGUCACGACUCAGGCUCCUACAGUGACAGAAAAGAGAAAGCUGAAGAUUGCCGACUUCAAGUCUGAGCCUCAGUGGGAUUUUGAGGACCGCUAUCUCUUGGACACCUCAUCCUCACAGUCACGCUGCCCCGAUGCGGUGAGGGCCAAAGCCGCCAAGUCUGCCUGGCUGAGGGACCUUUUCCUGCCCAACAUCACGCUCUUCAUAGACAGGAGACACUUCAACCCCAGCGAGUGGGAACGCCUGGAGCAUUUCAAACCACCGUUCGGCUUUAUGGAGCUGAAUUAUUCACUGGUGAAGGAGGUCAUAAUGAUGCUGCCACCCAACCCCUACCAGCAGGUCCUCCUGGCCAACAAUAGCAGGCAGAGGCCGACCUGCAUCAGCUGUGCUGUGGUGGGGAAUGGGGGGAUAUUAAACAACUCUGGAAUGGGCCAGGAGAUCGACUCCCAUGACUACGUGUUCCGGGUGAGUGGUGCCGUGAUCAAAGGUUACGAAAAAGACGUGGGAACAAAAACAUCCUUCUAUGGAUUCACAGCCUACUCCUUGGUGGCCUCUAUUGUGACGCUGGGGAGCAAAUUCAGCAAGAUCCCAAUGGGAAAAGAGAUCAAGUACCUUCACUUCCUGGAGGGCACGAGGGAUUAUGAGUGGCUGAAGGCUCUCCUGCUGAACAAGAAUGUCAGGAAGGGAUUUUUGGACCAAUAUGGGCCCAGACCACGGGACAGAUUCAGUAAGGAUUUCAGUCUGGACAAUUACCUGGUCAUUCACCCUGAUUUCCUCAGAUAUGUGAAAAACAGGUUUCUAAGAUCCAAAAGUCUGGAUAAGUCCUACUGGGCACUGUACAGACCCACCACAGGGGCCUUCUUACUGCUGACUGCCCUCCAUCUCUGUGACCGGGUGAGUGCCUAUGGCUUCAUCACAGAUGGCUACCAGAAGUACUCGGAUCACUAUUAUGACAGGGAGUGGAAACGUCUAAUCUUUUACACCAAUCACGACUUUGAUCUGGAGCGAACGGUGUGGAAAAAACUCCAUGAUGCAAAUGUCAUGAAACUCUACCAGCGAUCCUGACCUGGGGCCCAAGGGACACUGGCUGGAGAGUUUGACCCUCUCUGGUAAAAGGGUCAUGUGGGAAAGAAACUUGAAAG